AUGCCGAGACUGCAUACAGCGGCCGCCAGACUCCCAGGGCCCCCCGCUCCCUGGACAUCCGCCUCGCGCUCUCGGGGUGGGGAUCGCCCGAAGCAAUCUGUGCGUGUGCUUUUUUCGCCGGACCAGGCUGAUGCGACGCAGCCCAGGGCUGGGGCUGCCUGUUUCACCCCCUCCCCUCUCCUCCUCCCUCUCUCCUCCCCCUCUUCUCCUGCGUUUUCGCCAAGGGGCUCGCUUGCGCUUGUAAAAAGUGUGUGUUUUUCUCGCCACGCGAGGGGCCUCUGCCCUCCUCCCCCUCCGCCUCCCCCCGCGGAUCCCACGUGGUGCCGGCUCGGCCCCGCCCCCCCCCCCCCUUCCCACCGUUGGCCCCACUGCCCCCCCCCCCCGCGGCGGUCGGAUCGAGGAUCGGUCUCGUUCCCCUCAUCCUCCCUCCAGUGCUUCUCUGUUCCCCGUCGCAUCGACGCGGACCUCACGGUCACCACCGUCGCCACGAAGCCGAUCGACGGGCAGAAGCCGGGGACGUCUGGCCUCAGGAAGAAGACCAAGGUCUUCAUGGGAGAGAACUAUUUGGCCAACUACGUACAGAGCGUCUUCAACACGCUGAAGGACAUGAAAGUUCCCGUCGAGGGCGGUACCCUUGUCGUCAGCGGCGACGGACGUUAUUGGAACAGUGAGGCGAUCCAGAUCAUCAUCAAGAUGGCCUUCGCGAACGGUGUGAGCACCGUAUGGUGCGGAACUGGCGGACUUCUGUCCACGCCGGCGACCUCUGCGGUCAUCAGGUGCCAUGGCAAGGGCUUCGUGCCCUUCGGUGGCUUCAUCUGCUCCGCUUCUCACAAUCCUGGCGGCAUCAACGACGACUUCGGCAUCAAGUACAACUGCGAGAACGGUGGCCCGUCACCAGAGAAGAUGACUGAUCUGAUGGUUGCCUGGACCGCCAAGCUCACCGAGUACAAGAUCUGCGACAAGCUGCCGGUGUUCGACCUGGCGUCCCCAGCCACGUACAAGGUCGGCGGCCACACAGUCGAGGUCUUCGACUGCGUGGACGACCACCUGGCUCUCUUGAAGAAGUGCUUCGACUUCGAGCAGAUCAAGGUCAGCAUGUGA